CUGGAAUCCAGUCUGAAGCCAAGCAAACACCCAGCAACGAGUCGUGUAUCCCGUAGUUGAGUUCAGCUGCCAGGAUGGCGCUGACGGUGGAUUACUCUCUCUAUCUUGUUACGGAUUCCACUGCGGCUAUUCUUGGCCAACGGGACCUGUGCCAUGUUGUCUCGGAGUCUAUUUUAGGAGGUGUGACAUUGGUCCAGUAUCGAGACAAAACUGCCGACAGUGGCGCGGCUAUCGAGACUGCGAAGAAGCUACUCAGCAUUUGCAGUGGACAUGGCGUACCGCUGCUAAUCAACGAUCGUAUCGAUGUUGCUUUGGCUAUUGAUUGUGCCGGCGUCCAUAUCGGUCAGGAUGAUAUGGACGUUACAACUGCUCGGAGGCUUCUUGGACCCAAUAAAAUUAUAGGAGUCACAGCUUCUUCUAUUGAAGAAGCAGACAAAGCUGUCCGAGAUGGUGCAGACUAUCUUGGAAUUGGGACUGUAUUCGCAACUCCGACAAAAGAGAACACAAAGUCUAUCCUAGGAGUCCACGGCCUGCGCGACAUCCUAUCACACCUCAGUGAACAAUCAAAAGAGCACCAAGACAUCAAAACAGUCUGCAUUGGCGGCAUAAACGCCUCAAACCUCCAACGAGUGCUAUACCAAUCUCAUACGCCUUCAAAACAGCUAGACGGUCUAGCCAUAGUCAGCGCGAUCGUUGCCGCGCCAGAUGUUCAAGAGUCCUCCAAGCACCUGAGACAACUGAUACGAGAACCUCCCCCAUGGAUACUCCCAGCCAUCUCCACCGACCACUCCGAAUGGUCAAAAGACACCUCUAUCACGGCACUGCUAGACUCAAUACCCACAGCCGUCCAAACCGUCAUCGAAAAGAAACCAAUCUCCCACAACAUGACCAAUUUCGUUGUGCAAAACUUCGCCGCAAACGUAGCUCUAUCAAUCGGCGCCUCCCCCAUCAUGUCCACCAACGGCCACGAAUCCCCCGACCUCGCCGCGCUCCGCGGCGGGCUGGUCAUAAACAUGGGCACGGCGACCCCGACGUCCCUCGAGAACUGGCUGCUGGCCGUAACCGCCUACAACGCCGCCGGCCAACCCGUGAUCCUCGACCCCGUCGGCUGCGGCGCCACCGCGCCGCGCCGCGCCACCCUCCGUGCCCUCCUCGCCGCUGGCUACUACGACGUCAUCAAGGGGAACGAGAGCGAGAUCCUGACGGUGGCGCGGGUGAGUGGAGUAGCUGGCGUCGGAGCCAUUCAACAGCGGGGAGUCGAUAGCGGAAAUUCAGGAAUGGGGAUAGAGCAGAAGGCGGAGGUGGUGAGGCGGCUGGCGGGCCGGGAGCGGAAUGUGGUCGUUAUGACGGGGGUGGUGGAUGUGGUGAGUGAUGGGGUGCGGUCGUAUGCGGUUAGUGGGGGGCAUGAGUAUCUGGGGAUGGUUACGGGGACAGGGUGUUCGCUUGGGACGGUGCUGGCCGCGUUUCUGGCGGCGAAUAAGGGGAGAGGGGAUAAGUUUGGGGCGACGGUGGCGGGGAUCGUGCUGUUUGGGGUCGCGGCGGGGAGGGUUGGUGAGACUCAUCAUGUUCAUGGGCCUGGGACGUUUGUGCCGGCGUUUUUGGAUCAGCUUUAUCUAGCGAGCAAGGAUAUUGCAGGAAAAGACGAGACAUGGAAGAAGCUGGUAGAGAUACGGGCGGUGGUUGGAUGAAGAAAUGGUUAUAUGUCCCGCAGUACUGGGUCAUAAGUCUGGGCACACGGAUUUAUCGCUGCUUGGCUCUAAUCGUGCUCACUGGACACUGCUGUGGGCAGCAGCCUAGCUAGUAAGUAGCCAGUCAGUCAAGAGGCAGUCUAAUUUGCACUAGUAGAAACUUGACAUCGUGCCUGGGGUUUUGAAGUUUUAUGGAGGUACCCCAAGCAGUGGCACACGCGUGUACGCAGCCUUACAACCUAUCACUAUAUCUUUGGGUGAACACGCUUUUGGAUGUAGUGAUCAAAUGGGAUGGUAUUAAGUAUCUCCGAGAAACCCCUAAGCUCGUGAAUAGCAAGAAAGAAGGGAAAAA